AUGCCUCGGGGCCAGAAGAGAUAUUCCUCAGAUUUCAUCUGCUCCUGUAUCAAGUACCAUUCUGCAGGAGCUUGUACUGUACCAUGCCCCAGCACUACUUCUGAAGAUUUUCUUAGCACAAGAGCUGAUGACAGUGAGAACAGCCAAGAAGAGGAGCACCCAGCUUCCUCAGAGGCUCCACCUUCGAUGGAGAACUCCCGCAGUGAUUCUCUAGCUACAAAGGUGGGUUUGUUGAAGCAGUUCCUUCUCUACAAAUAUAAAAUGAAGCAGCCCAUUUUGAAGGUAGACAUUUUGAGGAUUAUUGACCGAAAGUUCCAUGACCAGUUUGCUGAGAUUCUCAAAAGAGCUUCUGAUCGCAUCAAGACUGUCUUUGCAGUUAUUGUGAAGGAAGUAGACUCAUCCAGACACUUAUAUGACCUUGUGAGCAAGCUGAAACUACCCAACAAGGGGAGGAUUCGUGCUAGCAGGGAAACCAAGACAGGUUUCCUGAUGACCCUCCUGGGUGUGAUCUUCAUGAUGGGAAACUGCGCCUCUGAGGAAGACAUCUGGAAAUACCUGAAGAUGAUGCGAGUUUAUCCUGGCAAAAAACACUACAUCUAUGGAGAACCCAGGAAACUCAUCACCCAAGAUUUGGUGAGGCUGAAGUACCUGGAGUACCGGCAGGUGCAUAGCAGUGAUCCUCCACGCUAUGAACUCCUGUGGGGUCCCCAAGCCCACGCUGAAACCAGUAAAAUGAAAGUCUUAGAAUUUUUGGCCAAAGUCAGUGAUACUGAUCCUAGUGUGUUCUCAGCACAAUAUGAAGAAGCUUUGAGAGAUGAAGAAGAGGAGCCAAGCACGAAUUAUAGCCAAUCUUGGCACUACUGCCAUGACCAGACGUGUUCCACAGCCAUGUCCAGCAGCUUUUCCCAGUACUGUUGA